CCAACUCUUCAUCCUAGGUCAUCCUCUUUUUUCAUCCUAACUCGUCGCUUCCCUCGUCUGUGUUGACGCUUUCCUCCUUAGGUCGGCUUCGCUCCUUUUCACUUCUAGCAGGGCCGGCUUCAUCUCCUCGUUUCUACCAGGCGUCGUGUCCUUCUCGUUGCUCUUACUACGCCUUUCAGGCCGGUUCCUAAAUCUCGUCAAGUUCUGAGAGGUCUCUAAACUUGGCCUCCUUCUCGUCGCUCUUACUAGGCUUUUAGGUCGGUUUCCGGAUCCCGUCAAGCCGGCACGAUGAUGGCGCUAUGGGAAUACGUUCUUAAUUGGUUACGCAGUCUCUUCUUCCAGCAGGAGAUGGAGCUCUCGCUCAUCGGCCUUCAGAACGCGGGCAAGACGUCGCUCGUCAACGUCAUCGCUACUGGCGGCUUCAAUGAAGACAUGAUCCCCACGGUGGGCUUUAACAUGCGCAAGGUGACGAAAGGGAAUGUGAGCAUCAAGCUGUGGGAUCUGGGCGGGCAACCGAGAUUCAGAAGCAUGUGGGAGAGAUACUGCCGAGGCGUGUCCGCCAUCGUCUAUGUGGUGGAUGCAUCGGACCAUGACAACAUCCCUGUGUCGCGCAGAGAGCUGCAUGAGCUGCUCAGCAAACCCUCUCUCGCCGGCAUCCCGCUGCUGCUGCUGGGGAACAAGUGCGACAAGGCAGAAGCCAUCUCCAGGGAUGCGCUUAUUGAGGCUAUGGGAUUGAACCAGGUGAUGCAGGGCAGGGAAGUGUGCUGCUACAGCAUCUCCUGCAAGCACACGACUAACAUUGAUGUCGUUAUUGACUGGCUUAUCAAGCACGCCAAGAACAAGUCCUAGAAUAUUUGUACUGCCUGAGUUUGUCGAAGUUGGAGUGUUUCUCCAACUGCACCGUGACAUGUACUGGUAGCUCUAAGGCUCUUAGCCUCUUGUAUAGCUCUUCUCUGUUCUUUAUUGCCUGUUAUCUUGUAGAAUUUCUUCAUAUGAACCUCAAUUUGUUUGAAGCA